AUCUCCGUCGCUCGCGCUCUGUGUUUUCCAUUAUUUCGGUGGCAAUAGGUUGUUUUUUGGAUUAUUUCAAAUGAGUGCAAUUCGCUAUCUAUUUCUUAAAAAAUAAGAUUUUCCAUGUUUAUUUACUGUUCGGUAUAUUAGUAUUGUUGGCGCAAACAAAUUCUGAUCAAAAUGGCUAAUGUAUCGUAUCAAAUCGCAAAUCUUCUUGAGAAGAUGACAUCCAACGACAAAGACUUCAGGUUUAUGGCCACAAAUGAUCUGAUGACUGAGUUGCAAAAAGAUAGCAUAAAACUUGAUGAUGACUCUGAACGUAAGGUCGUUAAAAUGCUUCUCCGAUUGCUUGAGGAUAAGAAUGGCGAGGUUCAAAAUUUAGCAGUAAAGUGUCUUGGCCCAUUGGUGAACAAAGUGAAGGAGUACCAAGUAGAAGGCAUAGUUGAAACUCUAUGUGUGAACAUGCUCUCUGACACGGAACAACUGAGAGACAUAAGCAGCAUUGGCUUGAAGACUGUCAUAUCUGAACUACCAUUAGGCUCCAACACACUCGCUGCUAAUGUCUGUAAAAAAAUUACUGGAAGAUUAAGUAGUGCAAUUGAAAAGCAAGAAGAUGUGUCUGUUCAAUUAGAGGCUUUGGAUAUAUUAGCGGAUUUACUGAGCAGAUUUGGUGGUUUACUGAUAUCCUUUCACCCAAUGUUAUUGAAUUCAUUGCUUCCUCAGUUAGCUUCACCUAGACAGGCUGUACGCAAACGUACAAUAGUGGCAUUGUCUCACCUCGUAAUGUCCUGUAACGCAUCUCUGUACAACAAGCUUAUUGAUCAUCUGUUGGAAGGCCUGAGCACUUCUACAUCGUCCAGUGUCAGUCGCACGCAUAUUCAAUGUAUUGCAUCUGUUUGUCGUCAAGCUGGUCACAGAUUCGGCGUUCAGUUAUGGCGGGUCGCGCCGCAAGUCCUCAAGCAUUCCACCGACGCUGACGAAGAGCUGCGCGAACACUGUCUGCAGGCACUGGAGGCGAUAGUGCUCAAAUGCCCUAAAGAAGUACAGCCCCAUAUCCCAACAAUCAUUGAUCUCUGUUUGAAAAUGAUCACAUAUGAUCCAAACUACAACUAUGAGGACGACGAGGAGGGCGGAGGAGGUGAGGAUGAAGAGAUGGAGGAUGAAUCUUUUGAGCCCGACACCUAUCCUGAGUCAGACUCUGAGGAGUACUCGGAUGACGAUGACAUGUCAUGGAAGGUAAGACGGGCGGCAGCUAAAUGUCUGGAAUCAGUCAUUACGACGCGCCAUGAACUGCUAGUUGAAAUGUAUCAAACAGUUUCGCCUGCCUUGAUUGCUAGAUUUAAAGAGCGUGAGGAGAAUGUGAAGUGCGACAUCCUGAGUGCGUACACGGCGCUGCUGCGUGCGACGCGCCCCCCGCCCGCCUUGCAGGCGCCGAUCGCUCCCAGCGACAACUCGCCGCAGGCUUUACUACUGCAACGGGUGCCCGGUUUGGUGCGUGGUGCGCUGCGUGUCAUACGCGGACGUAGCGUGCGCGCGCGUGCGUGCGCACUGUCGCUGCUGCGCGAGCUGCUGGUGGCGGCGCCUGGCUGCCUGGCCGACCACGCCGCCAGGGUCAUUCGUGCUCUAACACCGCCUCUGACCGACAAAGGCACAGCGUCGUCGAUGAAGAUCGAGACGCUGGUGUUCGUGGUGUGGCUGGUGCGCGGGCACAGCGCGGACGCCAUGCGGCCGCACGUGGCGGCGCUGCUGCCCGCCGUGCUGGCGUGCGUGCACGACUCCUUCUACAAGGUCACUGCCGAGGCGCUGCGCGUGCUGCAGACCCUCGUCAAGGUCAUGCGCCCUCUCGAGAACAUGGAGGGAGCGGUGGAGCCCCCCGCCGAGGAGCUGCAGCGGUUCGUGCCCGCCAUGUACGAAUGCACGCUGGUGCGCCUGCGCGCCACCGACAUGGACCAGGAGGUCAAGGAGCGCGCCAUCGCCGCCUGCGGACAGCUCAUCUGCCACUUCGGAGACUAUCUAGAGAACGAGCUUCCCGUCUGUUUACCGAUAUUUUUGGAAAGAUUACGCAACGAAAUCACUCGGCUGACCACUGUGAAAGCUCUGACUAAGAUUGCUUCGUCGCCUUUGAGAAUCGAUUUGCGGCCUAUAUUGUCUGACGCUGUGCCUAUACUCGGAUCCUUUUUGAGGAAGAAUCAGAGAGCCUUAAAGUUGUCCACUUUGGUGUUAUUGGAUACGCUUGUACAAAACUAUAGCAAUUCUAUCAGUAUAGAACUUUUAAGUAAGGUGCUCAUGGAGGUGCCGGCGCUGGUGUGCGAGGCGGACCUGCACUGCGCGCAGACGGCGCUGGCGCUGGUGCGCGGCGCGUGCGAGCGCUGCCCCGCCGCGCUCACCGCCGACGCGCGCAACGCGCUCACGCCCAACAUACUCACGCUCGCACGGUCGCCGCUGCUGCAAGGCGGCGCGCUGAAGGCGAUGGUGGGCGUGCUGUCGGCGCUGGUGGCGGCGGACGUGGCGGGCUGCUCGCGGCGGGAGCUGCUGUCGCUGCUGGUGGCGCCUGUACACGCCAACGCCGACCACGCCGCCACGCCGCACCACAUCAAACAGGCGUAUCACUCGUUGGCGAAGUGUGUGGGCGCGGUGGUGGUGUCGGGCGGGUCGGACGCGCUGGACAUCACACGCGGCUUCCUGCGCGACGCGGCGCAGCCCAGCUCCGACACGCAGCACAUGUUCGCGCUGCUGGCGCUCGCAGAGAUCGGCAGGCAUCUAGAUUUAAGUUCGAUACCCAACCUGAAAGAGGUGCUACUGGCGUCGUUCGCACCGUCGUCUGAGGAGGUCAAGUCUGCCGCGAGCUACGCGCUGGGCUCCGUGGCGGUGGGCAACCUGCCGGAGUUCCUGCCCUUCAUACUCAACGAGAUCGAGGCGCAACCGAAGCGGCAGUAUCUGCUGCUACAUUCGCUUAGAGAGAUAAUAGCUUGCGAGUCCUGCACUCCAGAAGGCGUGGAAGCUUUAAGGCCUUUCAUACCAGAGAUUUGGGUUCAGCUGUCAAAGCAUUGCCAAUGCGCUGAAGAGGGAUCUCGUAAUGUGGUUGCCGAAUGCUUAGGAAAAUUAUGUUUAUUAGAGCCUAAAGACUUGUUGCCCCAUUUGAAGGAAUUCCUCAAAUCGCCAGAACCCCUCACCAGGACAACCGCUGUUACUGCAGUCAAGUUCACGAUUUCAGAUCAGCCUCAAGCUAUAGACGGCAUGCUGCGCGCGUGCAUGGCGGAGCUGCUGGUGCCGCUGCGCGACACGGAGCUGGGCGUGCGGCGCGUGGCGCUGGUGGCGUUCAACUCGGCCGCGCACAACAAGCCGUCGCUGGUGCGCGACCUGCUGCCCGACCUGCUGCCCACCAUAUACGCCGAGACCAAAGUUAAGAAAGAGCUCAUCAGAGAAGUGGAAAUGGGUCCAUUCAAGCACUCAGUGGACGAUGGGCUGGACUUGCGCAAGGCGGCGUUCGAGUGCAUGUACACGCUGCUGGGCACGUGCCUGGACCGGCUCGACGUGUUCGAGUUCCUGCGCCACGUGGAGGACGGGCUGCGCGACCACUACGACAUCAAGAUGCUCACCUACCUCAUGUGCGCGCGCCUCGCGCAUCUGUGCCCCGCUGUGGUGCUGCAGAGACUAGAGAGUCUGGUGGAGCCCCUGCGCGCCACGUGCACUAUGAAGGUGAAGGCCAACUCCGUGAAGCAGGAGUACGAGAAGCAAGACGAGCUAAAACGCUCCGCGCUGCGCGCCGCCGCCGCGCUGCUGCAGAUACCCGACGCCGAUAAAAAUCCUCACUUGAUGGACUUUGUGACACAAAUCAAAUCGUUCCCCGACCUGCAGCCCAUCUUCGAGUCCAUACUGAAGGACUCCACGGGCACCGGAGUGGACUCCAAUCUCAUGGACCAGAGCUAGCUGCAAAACGCCUUUACUAAUUGUUCGCUGAAUCGUCAAGAGGUUUCUUUGACACUAUUUUUUUCUUUAUAACCCACACACACAUUGUUAAAAAAUGUAAUAAAAUGAAUUGCAAUUUUUAUUCAACAAUAAUAAUUAUACAGUUAUAAAAAUUAUUACAAAUACAAUUUAUAAGCUAGAUGAAUAGUCCGGGUAGCAUCAGUAGGUUGCAUAUAAGGAGUAUGAAAGGAUGUUUGUUUAUUUGAGUUUUGUUUUUUAUCUAUCUGAUAUGUCUUGUGAUAUUACAUGCUAUGUGGAAUAUUCAUAGGUUGGAUAAAUACAAUAAAAAAGCAGAAAAGUUAAA